GUACCGGGGUGGGCGCGCGCGUCAAACUGAGCCCGAGGUCGCAGGGCCUCAGCGCUUUGUCUCCCCGACUGAACCAGGCCGGGGUGGGUGUGAACCUCCGCCCCGCCGACAGCGAACAGGGUUUGUGGCGUAAAUCCAGGCCUGUGGCCUGCCCCACCUCUUGGUAGUAGGCCCGCUUCGUCAAAUUCGAACGCGUGAAACCAUAGGACCGGCCUGAGGUGGGGGGCGGGGGUAAUCGUGCCCUCGCUCUCCUGGUAUUUUUAUUCCAGGAGUGGGGUGGGUGAAGGGGUUCAGUCCGAGUGAACUCCGUGCAAACCUGCUCGUUUAAUUGCCCAACCCCCCCCCCCCCGGUGUCUCGGGACAUGUCCGGGCACAGCUCCCGGUGAUUCAGCCACCGCUCGGCUUGACGCAGCUGUUUGUGUUGGGUGGACGAGUCAUGCUCAGACAUGUCAAGACGGCGAAACCUCCUGCGAAGGGAGUCGCCCUGACUUGCCCUCCCCCCCCGUUCCUUCCGUCAGGUGGGGUUUAAAAGGGGAACCUCAAUACAUUCUCUACAGAAGUGGAGUUUGGCUAACACGGCGCCUUCUGUUUUAAAGCGAGUUGAUUAGUAUCUUUCCAUCCCCCCCUUCCCCAUUGAAAGAUGUACAAGGGACGAAUCUUGUCUUAAAAGGAAUAUUCGGAAAUAUGGCAACCAACGGAUCGGCAACCUGCCUCGGCACUUCACAAGAUGAUCAAGUACUAAAUGAAGAUCAGGAAAGUCAGGACAUUGUAUGCCAUGCUGUCAAAAAAUUUGACAUCUGUGAACCAUGAAGAUUCGAUAAAUGAUCUCAACCUUGGAAAGAUUACCAACCAGCUUGGGGGCGAAGAUUGUCUCGUGACAGUAAUGCCAAAUGAUGGGAAUGCAUGCACAUCAUGCAAUGUUUCCUAUUCUCCUGCUGCAGGUAGAAGAUCCAACUGCAGUGACUCUGAUAAUGACGUCUCAUCUGAUGAGCAGUUUUACAAUAGACGGCGAAAACGACAUAGAUCAGAUAGCAUUUCCCUCCAUUGGGAUGAUCUGUCUUUGUGUCUGAUAAGCAAGUUGCGUCGUGAACGUGGAAACAGUGAAUCAUCAGAUUCUCCCAGUCAUCUGGAUAUUCAUGUUGGUACAGAAGGUGAAGACUCCAGUGAUAAGUUCAGCGUUGAGUUUGAAGUUGAAUCCGUUCACUCUGAAGAUUAUAGUGAUUUCAGUGAGGAUUCACAAGACGGAAGUGACGAAGAGAUUUAUGAAGUUGCUAUUUUUGAAGCUGCUGACAGUGAUGAGGGCACUUUUAUUGAAGAAAUUGAUCCAGAAAUAUCUGAAGCUGAUUAUUGGAAAUGUUCCAAAUGUGAAGAGCUGAAUCCUCCACUGCCACGACACUGUCAUCGAUGCUGGUCUGUCCGCCAAGAUUGGCUUCCUGAUAAACCUAAAAUCCAGCAGUCUGACAAGGAGCAGGAUGAAGGUAUUGAUGUUCCUGAUUGCAAGAAGCCGCCACUUGAGUCAAAGGAAUCAAACUGCUCAGAUUUGAUCAGUGAGGCUUCUCAUUGCUCAGAGUCACAAGAAACUGAGUGCUCACAGCCUUCUACAUCUGGUAGCUUCCACUGCUGCAGCCAGGAAAUGGAAAAAGAAAAUGGAGAGAAAGGCGAGUUGAACACUUUGGGACCUCUGGAAGCUUGUGUUAUAUGUCAGGCACGACCAAAGAAUGGUUGUAUUGUUCAUGGUAGGACAGGCCAUCUUCUCGCUUGUUACACUUGUGCAAAGAAGCUGAAAAAAAGAAACAAACCAUGUCCUUUGUGCAGAGAGCCAAUCCAACUGGUUGUGUUGACCUACUUUAGUUAAAUGUAUUUAUUUAUAGUUGGUUUAGAUUUAACUUUUCAUAAGAUGGACACAUUGCGGGGGGGGGUGGGAGGUGAAAAUAGAAUGACUACUGUUUUAAGUAGCACUCCAUAUUGGCUAAAUUUUACGACCAUAAUAACUUAUUUUGCCAUUGACAUCAGUAAAUGUAUUCAUUUAAGUUAAUUAAAGGUGACCCUCCAACUAUAAUGUUCUUUAUGUUAAGGCAAGUACUUGAUUUUUUUAAAAUGAGCUUUCUUAAUUUGUGUUUAGAGCAUUUGGCAAUAUUCUAACAAUGUAAGAUUCUGUUGCGGUAAUAAGAACUUCCUGAAAAAUGUCACUUUCCAUUAAUAGGAUUAACAGUAUUAAUAAUUUCCUUCUCAUCUAGUUUAAAUUUCUUGCUUUGAUUGCAGUUAUUAAUAUAAAAGUUUUAUAGGGUUGCAAGUAUUUCUCUUUACUAUUUCUGUUCAGUUCUAACCAAAAUAAUUGUAUCAAUGAACAUCCCCAACUCCCUUGCUGUAUGCACAGGUUAGCUUAUGCUUGUACACAGAUUUGUAUAGUGCCUUUUGCACACAAGUGCUUCAUAGUCAAAUUGAGUACUUUUGAAGUAUAGUCUUCUGUUGUAAUGUAUCAAAACUAUAAUUUAUUUAAUGUUGAUGUAUAAUUUCUUGAAUCAGUGUAAAUUUAUAUUUCUAACUUAAGGUUGAGAGUCUUCGUAACUUGAUGAGUUGGAAAGAUCCAUUUCUAACACUCUGGAAAGCCUCUUCCAUUUUUGCCUUCUGUUGCUCAACCACACUGCACUACAAUUUAACCAAGAGAGCCGUUCAUAAUUGCACUCAACAAAAUGAGAUGCUACUAGAAUCAAAGAAUGUUACAUUUAAGUAGAUGAGCGUUACCUUGGACCACUUUUGCACAUUUGAAUAGUUGUUUUCACUGCUGUAUUGGUGAGUGACUAGGGCAACAUUGCCACUGUGGGAAGUGCCUGGUACAGAGACAGCCAAGAAAGAGAAAAUAUCAGGGGAGAUUUUUUAACAACUUUAUUAAAGGGCUGCAUCACCAUGUGCAGAAAAUUUUAUGGAAUUUUGUCAUGUUCCAGAAAAAUAACUUUCUUCUGUCUUUUACUCUGAAAAAUCUGUAAUUCUUAGUAACUAUUGCAUUGUCACAAAACAAUGCUUUAAAUUUAAAUCAAAUGGCUGUUUUCAUUACAAAUAGGAAUUUGUCAAAGCUGAUGUUUGAUAUCUGCUGUUAUCACACUGGGUUUGCUCUUACUAAUUCUCUGAUAUAGUCCAUGGGUAACCUAUUGAUCAGUCACUUAUAUAAACAUUAGUAAAUAUUCUAAUGAGAUUAUAAAAUCCAGAAAUGUUUAAUAUCGUUGAGCUCCUGAAUGACUCCCCUUUUGUAAAGCUAACAUGUAAUUCUGUAAGAGGACAGGAGAAUUCUAUGUCUUCUCUGUCUGCAAUAGCAGAUUUUUAUCUAGCUGCUGCACUUGACCCUAGUGAAAAAUUGGUUGUGAUUUCUGAUAUCACCCAUCAUAUAAAUAUGUACUUUACAGCAUGAUUGAGCUUGGCUCCUGAUUAAAUAAUCUUCUAAUACUGCUUAUUUUGGUGACAAAUGAAGAAUGGCCAUUUGGGCAAAGUACCAGAGAACAAAUGGAAAUGUAUCUGAGUAGCAGUCAGUGCCUUCGGGAGAAAAACUAGUUAUUGGAGUGGGGUGGGGGGCUACGGGGUAGAAACUGAAAUAUCACCAAGUUCCAAACUGUUGUAAUGUGGAAAUACUUGUUCAGCUAUUGUCCAGAUAUUGCUCAUUCACAAUUGCACUAUUUCCUUAAUUACAAAACAUUGCGUGACUUUUUUAGGCCAUCCAGCAUAAGUUGAUUUAUGGCUGUGUCCCCUCCACAGUUGUGAAACUGGAAUGAUUACAAAUUGGGAGGUGCUUCCUGAAGUAGGUCAAAGUACUGUAGAAUGAGUUGAGAAAUCAGUUUUUGUUAAGUUUUUUAAUUGUUCAGCAGAGUUAGUGGUUAAUCGAUGGAGCCAAAAUUGUUAAUUGCUGUUAACUGAUUUUGAGAUAUGAAUUAAAGUGAGAAGUUUUUAAAGGUUUUUCCUAAGAGUAAGAGAUGGAUAGGAUUAGAAAUAGCUUCACAGCAUAGAAUGAUUGAGGGAAGAGCAACUUGAGUUUAAAUUCCAGUCGAUAUGAUUGCUUUUCCCUUAAAGAUGUCCUUUGCUAGAGAGUUAGUAACACAAACUACUAUUAAUAGUAGACAAAAUAGCAUUUACAUAGCCCAUCAAAAAGUUUCAAUCUCAUUAAGGGUAAAGGCUCAAACAUGGCUAGAGAAUUCACAGGCUCAUUCUUAAUGAAGUCUUCAAAGAGAAAUUGCUGACCUUGGUUGUAAUGAGCAGGCCUUGGUCAGAACACUAUCUGCCUUGGGAGUGAGGGGCAUAUUGCAUUGUGAACAACCUGGACUGUUGCCCCCUAUUUGCAUUGGUAGAGACCUUUUGAGCAGUGAGAUAUGGACAGAAUAGAGCAAUUCCAGAAAGGUGAAUACUUUUUAUACUACCUUUUUUAAUAUUGCAGACCAUUUCAAGAAAUAGCUCUGUAAUAGUCCUGUUUUCCAGUGCUGUGAAUCUCAUUUCCUACUGGGUUAGAUCACACAAUGAACAGUAGAAAUGGAAAUGUUGAAUGGAGGAAAGUUGGAAAAUGGGCACUUUUGCAUAUGUGUAGUUGAGUUGUGCCUACCAUUUUAGUUAUCAGGCAUCCAAAAAGUUCAAGUGGCCAGCAAGGAAAACAUCUACCUGUCACCAGACAAAGUAGCCAUCUGUGUUUCCAAUGUAGUGUACUCACUGAUUGCUCUGAAAAAAACCUGGUUUAGAUGACUGAACCUCCCUGGAGUAAGCAUUGCCACCUCAGUUCUAUAGUUCAGCUUCAGUUGGUAAAAAGAUUUAAAGUAUAUGCAAUAUAAAAGGGAACCUUGCCUGUGUGAGCAUUUUUGACUCUUGUAUGAAGGGAUGUUGCAAUAUGGAGAGAGAGCAGAGAGUUGUCCCUCUUGUGUUUUUCCCAUUUUCCACCUCCCACCCUGUCUGUGACCACCUCUCAACUCGAGACACUUAGACUUAAAUUCUCAACAGAAAAGUUAAUUUUUCUAGGUUGUCAGCUAGAAGCAUUCAUGAGAAUUGGUCUUCCAUCUGUAAUAAAAACCAACUUCUAAUUGAUGGCUACAAUAAUAUUCAAGCAUUACUAAGUAAAUUUGUUACCUUCAGAUGUUAAUCCUGAACUUGGCACAGGAAACCUGUUGGUACGUGUUCACUAGAACAUAGCUGAUUUAGAAAUUGAUCCAUUGGCCAUGUGAUGCACCCUCAUCAAGAAAGAGUCUGGCUUUGGACUAUUGCAACCUAUUGCUUCGAGGAGCCUCUGAAGUUUUAAGUCUUCUUGACAAAGUGAAAACAAGUUUUGCAUAGCUAUUGAUAAGAUAAGAUUUAUUUUCCAUAUUUGAGUAUAAAGUCAACAAUUUGCACCCUGUCCAUUUUAUUUUCUUUGGAAUUAUUAUUGCAGCUUUAUGAUGCACGUAGAAGUGAUACAAGCUUGUCUAAAAUGGCAACCAUUUAACAAAAAUAGGGUUGGUGGUCAUUCUAAUACUUGAAUAAUUGAUUUUAAUAUUUUGAAAUUUAUCUACCUUUUUUAAUAAAACACCUCUGGCAUGAGUUCACUUAUUUCAGACCUGGCAUUUGCAUUGAUUAGUUAAACUAUUGUGUAUGAUAGUUUAGAGAAUGUAUUAAAUAUAUUUUGUACUGAAUAUAGGAACUUAAUAAAAAUAUAUUUAAUAUAAAA